AGAGACGAAUGCUCGAAUACUCAGGCGCUGCUCGAAUCGCCGCCCUAUGUCGCCCGAAUUCUCAAAUUACAUGUACUUCCAGCCCAUAAGAAAACGACGCGCUGUGAAGGGGAACGAUUCAGAACUUCCUCGAAACCCCAAUUCUCCUACCACUCCUUACCCUAACCCUAGGUCGAUAUCCACAAUCGCUGCGUGAAUGGGGAAGGAGAUAAUAUUGCUCUCUCGAGUUGCUGCGAACCAUCUUUUUCUCGGGCAGUUCGAAGCCCUAAGAGCCAACCUACUCAGUCUCAGGAAGCGAAACCCUGACCUUGCUUUGGAGAUCCUCCGGAAGAUCAUAUUAGAUGGAGGAAGAAUCGACGGCAUCCUGUGGUCGAGCACAUCUUCCUCUCCCUCGGAACUUGCAUGGCUUUCCACUCUCGAGCUCCCCAACUUCGACAGAACAUCCGCGACAUGGAGCUUUGAUGUGGAGCUUCUACGUUUGAAGGUGGAGUUCAUUCUCCUUAUACAAUUCGUCUCCUCCACAGCGUUGGGAAUCUCACACCUUUGGCCCCUCGACGUAGAAGAUGGAUUUAAAGGGGAUAUUUCUGAAAGGGACAGAGGAUAUUUAGAUAUUAUGAAUAAAUUGAUGCAUUUGGGUUUGAGAAGAUUGAAGAGUGAUACUGCCUAUCGCUCGUCGUCAUCUGAUGAAGCCGCUCAGAUCGGACUGGUUGAUUUGAGCUGCUUGUGGAAGAUAAUUGUCGAUAAUGCUGAUAUUUUCAGUUCUCUUUGCUGGAACAUUCAAAGGCAACUUCACUGGUUUGAAACUUAUGAUUCAGACUUGGCAAUUAGCGUCAGAGCCGAACGUGAUCAGUGUUUAUCUCCAUCCGCUUUGGAGGCGGAUAUUCUUACUCGAUUACAGAAACAAAUUCAGAUGGCACAUUUGGCUGCCUUGAGGGAGAAAUCAAAUGCAGGUGAUAUACAGGGAGCUUUCUCUCAUAUUCGAUAUCUUCAUCUUGAUUAUGGUGUACCAGAGACUGAGUACAGAUCAAAUUUGCAAGAUGUUAUCAAGAGGAUUUGGCCCCAAAAUGUAAAUUAUGGUGAAAAUUGGAGGAGGUCACGAGAUUUAAUGGCACUGAUGUAUGCUGAAGCUUUAUCAUCAAAUUGUAUCCAACUUGUGCACUCAAUUCAGUUAAUUCAAGAUGAGUUGUUUCUGGAAGAAAUUGAGAAGCACAGAGUAUCAAAUAGUAACUUAAUGCCUCUCCCCCUCGAGAAGUAUCUGGAAACACUCAAGUCAUUAAAUUCUUCUUUAAGUGAUAACAGGGCUGAUCAAAACAUAGCUAUCAGAUCUUGCAGGACAGACCUGUACCACUACGCCAGGUUAUCUGGUGUUCAUAUUCUUGAAUGUGUUAUGGAUUCUGUUCUUUCUGCUGUGGAGAGAGAACAGCUUCAAGUGGCUAGUGAUGUUCUUUCAUUGUUUCCUCUUCUUCAGCCUCUCGUAGCUGUAUUAGGUUGGGACAUGUUGCCCACUAGGACUGCUGCUAGAAGAAAACUAAUGCAGCUUUUAUGGACUAGUAAAUCACAAUCUCUAAGGAUGGAAGAGUAUCCUUUAUAUGGGAAAAAAAGUGAAGAGAUUUCUUGUGUGGAGUAUCAGUGCGAUCUCUUAUGCUUUUACCUGGAUCUCGCGUCAUUUGUUUCCCACGUUAAUUCUGGACGGUCUUGGAACUCUAAGUCCUCAGUACUAUUCUCUCAAAAGGAGCAGGUUUCAGAUGCAAAAGGAAAUGGGGAUCUGGACAAUUUUGUGGAAAACUUCAUACUUGAACGGCUCUCUGUAGAAACACCAAUGAAGGUUUUAUUUGAUGUUGUUCCUGGAAUAAGGUUUCAAGAUGCGAUUGAGCUCCUUAGCUUGCAGCCAAUUGCUUCUACAACUGAAGCAUGGAAGAGGAUGCAAGAUAUUGAGCUCAUGCACAUGCGCUAUGCUCUUGAAUCAGUUGUUCUUGCCUUAGGAGCCAUGGAAGAGUGUCUGGAUAAUGGAAAGGAAGAUCGCUUUCAUUUAGCGAUAUGGUAUUUGAAAGAUAUGCAGAAUCACAUGGAGGCUAUCAAUAACAUUCCUCGCAAGAUCUUUAUUAUUAGUAUGAUCAGUUCAUUACUACAUAUGGACGAGAUAGCUGUUAAACCUACACAUGUGGCCUCAAGUUGUCCCAACUCCCGUGAACUGCCAGAUUUCACUAAUUUAUAUGAAGGUGGGAAUAAGAUGAUUUCCUUUAUUGGUCUCUUACUGGACAUACUGCAUCACAAUCUACCAAACAUGGAUGAGGUAGAACCCUGGUUAAACAAUGGUAUGCCAGCAGCAGGAAGGCAGGCUUUAGAAUGGAGGGUAAGUUCUGUUCAAAAGCUUAUUGAAGAUUGGGAAUGGCGCUUAUCAAUUUUGCAAAGACUUGAGCCUUUAUCAAAAUGCAAGUGGAGUUUGAAGGAAGUAUUGGUCAUUUUGCGUGCUGCUCCUUCCAAAUUGCUAAAUCUUUGCAUGCAAAGGGCAAAAUAUGAUCUUGGAGAGGAAGCUGUACAUCGCUUUUCCUUGCCAGCGGAGGAUAAGGCGGCUCUGGAUCUUGCUGAAUGGGUAGCUGGUGCUUUUAAGAGAGUGUCGAUGGAAGAUGUUGUUGCUCGUGUUGCAGAGGGCACUUCUAGUGCUGUCCAGGAUUUAAAAUUUUCAUCCCUUCGUUCUAAGCUAGGUCCUUUAGCUGCUAUUCUCCUUUGUAUGGAUGUAGCGGUAGCAUCUGCUAAAUCUGUGGAUACCUGCAAAGUGCUUUUGCGGCAGGCCAGGGACAUGCUAUCUGAGAUCUAUCCAGGAACCUCUCCAAAGACAGGUUCCUCUUAUUGGGAUCAAAUUCGGGACGUUGCUAUCAUAUCUGUUAUAAGGCGUGUGCUUCAACGCCUUCAUGGUCUAGUGGAACAGGAUAACACUUCUGCCCUCUCUGAAAUUUUUGUUGGAGAAAUGGCUAUUUCUAGUUCAUCUGAAAGUAGCAAACAGGGGCAGCGACAACGUGCUCUUUUGAUCUUACACCAGAUGAUUGAUGAUGCUCAUAAAGGAAAGCGACAGUUUUUGAGUGGAAAGCUUCAUAAUCUGGCAAGAGCUGUUGUGGAUGAAGAUUCAGAUGGUAAUUUCUUGAGAGCUGAGGGCUUAUAUCCUGAAAAAAAAAUGUCAAAUUCAGAAAAGGGUGCUGUUCUUGGGCUUGGCCUUAAAGUUUUCAAGUUUGGAGCUUCCAGUACGCCAACCAUUGAGAAUAAUAGUGAGCUCACUAGUUAUGAUAUAAAAGAUGCUGGUAAAAGGUUCUAUGGUGCCUUAUCCUCAAAGCCACCCACUUAUCUUUCAUCAUUUAUAAUCUAUAUAGCAACAAUCGGCGACAUAGUUGAUGGAAUUGACACAACUCAUGAUUUCAACUUUUUCUCACUUGUUUAUGAGUGGCCAAAAGAUCUUCUUGUUCGGCUUGUCUUUGAGCGUGGAAGUACUGAUGCAGCUGCAAAGGUCGCUGACAUCAUGGGUGUUGAUUUUGUACACGAAGUCAUAACUGCUUGUGUACCCCCAGUUUUUCCGCCAAGAUCUGGUCAUGGUUGGGCUUGUGUUCCAGUUUUACCUAGCCUUUCUAGAACGAAUUUGGGGAAAAAGAUUCUGCUGGCUAGACCUAGUUUACAUGGUUCAUCUCCCCAAGCACAAUGCAAUCCUCUUUAUCCACUACAGUUAGAUGUUGUGAAGCACCUUGCUAACCUUUCUCCUGUAAGGGCUGUUUUAGCAUGUGUUUUUGGCUGUAAUAUACUAUCUACUGGAAGUGAGUCAUGUAUUUCUAGCUCGUUGAAUGAUACUUUUGUGCAAGCCCCAGAUACUGAAAGGCUAUUCUACGAGUUAGCACUUGAUCAGUCUGAGAGGUUUCCGACAUUGAACCGGUGGAUACAAAUGCAGUCAAAUCUUCAUAGGGUAUCCGAGUCAGCAAUAGCUACAAGAAGUGAUACUGAAGUUUCUGUUGCUAGAGCUGAGGUUAAAGUUUCUGUGAAGCGAAGUCGUGACCCUGAAAGUGAUACAGAAUCUGAAAUUGAUGAUAUGACUAGUCUUAUUUCUACAUCGGAUCUUAAUAUUCAAGAUCACAUCGCUUCUGAAGUGCUGCAAAAUUCCUCAACAACUGACAAUGUUGAACAGAAUUCUUCUGUUUUUCUUUCAUUUGAUUGGGAGAAUGAAGCGCCUUAUGAGAAAGCUGUGGAGAGGUUGAUAAAUGAUGGAAAGUUAAUGGAUGCCCUUGCUUUAUCUGAUCGGUGUUUGCGUAAUGGAGCAUCUGACCAAUUGCUUCAAUUACUCAUUGAUAAAGAUGAGAAAAAUCCAAUGACUGGGCAACUACAUGGUUAUGGAGCGCACAAUUUUGCAAGCAGCACCUGGCAGUACUGCAUAAGACUGAAAGAUAAACAGUUGGCCGCAAGGCUGGCGCUCAAGUAUCUGCAUAGAUGGGAGCUGAAUGCUGCAAUUGAUGUUCUAACCAUGUGUAGUUGCCAUCUUUCUCAAAAUGAUCCAAUCAGGGAUGAGGUUUUACAAAAGAAGCAAGCUCUACAAAGAUAUAAUCGCAUUUUGUGCGCAGAUGACCAUUAUAGUAAUUGGCAGGAGGUUGAAGCAGAUUGCAAGGAAGAUCCUGAAGGUUUGGCACUUAGGUUAGCUGGAAAAGGGGCUGUUUCUGCUGCCCUUGAGGUUGCUGAAAGUGCAUCUUUAUCAAUACAUCUGCGGAGAGAGUUGCAAGGUCGACAACUUGUUAAGUUGCUCACUGCAGAUCCCCUUAGUGGUGGGGGACCAGCAGAAGCCUCAAGAUUUCUUUCUUCAUUAAGGGAUUCUGAUGAUGCCCUGCCAGCUGCUGUUGGAGCUAUGCAGCUAUUACCUGACUUACGAUCGAAGCAAUUACUUGUGCAUUUUUUUUUGAAGCGGCAAGUUGGGAACCUGUCGGAAGUUGAGGUUUCACGGCUUAACUCAUGGGCCCUUGGCCUUCGAGUGCUGGCUUUAUUGCCAUUACCCUCUCAACAGCGUUGCUCUGCUCUGCAUGAACAUCCUCAUUUGAUUCUUGAGGUUCUUUUAAUGAUGAAGCAACUUCAGUCUGCUUUAUUGGUUCUAAAGGAGUUUCCUUCGUUGAGGGAUGACAAACUUAUUCUUACAUAUGCUUCCAAGGCAAUUUCCAUCAAUGUUAGUUCUACUGCUAGGGAGCCCCGAAUAUCCAUCUCUAGUUUGAGACCUAAACCAAAACCGAAACCUACCAUUCCAUCUAGGUCAAACUUCACACAAAGCAUUGGUAAUCUGCAGAAAGAGGCUCGCCGAGCAUUCUCUUGGGCUCCUCGUGAUGUAAAUAAGACUACUCAAAAGGAUUCAUACAGGAAAAGAAAGAGUCCAGGAUUAUCACCAUCUGAGAAGGUUUCUUUGGAAGCAAUGCCUGGCAUACAUGAAGAACGCAUAUACUCAGCUGAUGGUCAAGAACGAAUUCCAUUUGUGUCCGUAGCCGAGGAAUGGGUACUGACUGGAGAUGCAAUUAAAGAUGAUGUGGUUCGUUCAUCUCAUAAAUAUGAAACAUCUCCUGAUAUUACACUUUUCAAGGCAUUACUUACAUUAUGUUCAACUGAAUCAGUAUCUGCCAAAGGUGCCUUUGAAUUGUGUGUUUCUCAGAUGAAGACUGUAUUGAGUUCCCAGUACUUGCCUCUGAAUGCAUCCAUGGAAACUAUAGGUCGAGUAUAUCAUGCAACAGAAACUUAUGUGCAGGCAUUGACUUAUUCAAAAAGUCAGCUCAGAAAACUUCCCGGCAACUAUGACUUCUCUAGUAGUUCUGAUAGAAGUCGGGAUGCAGAUGAUAAUUUUUCAGACACUACCAGUUCAAGUAAUAUGAGUCAGUAUCCAGAUGAGUUCUCGGAACUUCUGUCUAAUGUUGAAAUUUGGCUAGGACGCGCAGAACUUCUUCAGAGUCUUUUGGGAUCAGGAAUUGUUGCUUCUCUUGAUGAUAUUGCUGAUAAAGAAUCAUCAGCUCGCCUUCGGGAUAGACUUAUUCAAGAUGAAAGAUACAGCAUGGCUGUGUAUACAUGUAAAAAAUGCAAGGUAAUUGAUGGUUUUCCUGUCUGGAAUGCAUGGGGGCGUGCCUUGAUUCAAAUGGAACACUAUGCUCAAGCUCGUAUAAAGUUCAAGCAAGCUCUUCAAUUAUAUAAAGGUGAUCCAUCACCCAUAGUCCUAGAAAUUAUCAAUAUGGUUGAAGGAGGCCCACCUGUGGAUGUUUCAUCGGUUCGUUCCAUGUACGAGCAUUUGGAGAAAAGUGUGCCAACAAUUUUGGAUGAUUCUCUAUCCGCUGAUGCUUACCUUAAUGUUCUUUAUAUGCCAUCAACAUUUCCACGUUCUGAGAGAUCCAGAUCUCACGAGUAUGCUUUAACCAGUCAAUUUUCCUCUAGUUCACGUUUUGAAGAAGGUCCCCAUAGUCAUCUUGAUAAUGCUAGAUAUGGAGAAUGCAUAUACUAUUUACAAGAAUAUGCGCGCUCCCAAAUGCUUGUUUUCAUGUUUAAGCAUGGUCGCUAUGCAGAUGCAUGCUCAUUGUUUUUUCCAGUUAAUGGGGUACCUAAUCCUCCUCAGCCAUCAGUCCAUGGUACCAACACCCCAUCAUCAUCUCCUCAACGGCCAGAUCCGUUAGCAACUGACUAUGGUACAAUUGACGAUUUAUGUGACUUGUGCAUUGGUUAUGGUGCUAUGUCUGAAUUGGAGGACAUAAUUUCAAGUAGAAGCUCAUUAUCUUUAUCCCAAGAUGGAAAAGUGAACCAAUACAUAGUUUCUGCUCUAGUCAGAAUUUGCAACUAUUGUGAGACACACAGGCUUUUCAAUUAUCUUUGCAAGUUUCAGGUUCUUGGAAGGGACAACGUUGCUGCUGGCCUUUGUUGUAUUCAACUAUUCAUGAAUUCUUCUUCUCAGGAGGAGGCAGUGAGGCAUUUGGAACAUGCAAAAGUUCACUUUGAAGAAGGAUUAUCAGCACGUCAUAGGACUGGGGAAACCACAAAAUUUUUGCCAAAGGUUGCUCGUGGAAAGAGUGCCUCAAAUAAACUCACUGAAGAGGAGCUUAUAAAGCUUUCUGCUCGUGUUGGUAUUCAGGUGGAAGUAGUGAAGUCCCUUAAUGACAAUGAACGACCACAAUGGAGAUAUUCACUUUUUGGAAAUCCUAGCGACCCAGAAACUUUCAGGAGAAGGUGUGUGGUUGCAGAAACCCUUGCUGAGAAGCAUUUUGACUUGGCUUUUCAAGUGAUAUAUCAAUUUAACCUUCCUGCUGUUGAUAUCUAUGCCAGUGUAGCUGCAUCCCUUGCUGAGAGGAAAAGGGGUGGUCAACUAACUGAGUUUUUGAGGAAUAUUAAAGGCACGAUAGAUGAAGAUGACUGGGACCAGGUGCUAGGUGCUGCUAUUAAUGUUUAUGCCUACAAACAUAAAGAGCGACCUGAUCGUCUCAUAGACAUGUUAAUUAGCAGCCACAGGAAAGUGCUUGCUUGUGUGAUUUGUGGUCGUCUGAAAAGUGCCUUUCAAAUAGCAUCCCGGAGUGGCAGUGUGGCUGAUGUACAGUAUGUUGCUCAUCAGGCCUCAUAUGCGAAUGCGUUGCCGGUCCUUGAUAUGUGCAAGCAGUGGUUGGGUCAGUACAUGUAAAUUUUGUAGGUCCAAUUGUUGAAUUCAGUGACGAAAUUAGGAAGAGGUUGAGAGUGAUUUUUCCCCUCCUACAUUUAAUAAAAAAAUCCAUGUAAUUAUAUAAGUUUUGCUUCUUAGAUAAACUUUUUGGCUCUUUAGUUUCAGGUCCUAAUUCCAAUUAUUGAUUGAGAUCUAGAACUAAAAAGGGGCAGGGUAACAUAUAACAGUGAAAUUGUUCAUGAACGGAAACAUCUGAAAAAAAAAUGUUAUGGAUGAAAACGUGUAUAUAUAUCAUCCUAUGAUCUUUCUUUA